AUCACAGAUCAUCAUGUCUAGAAGAAGAAGAGCUAAAUUUGUUUAUUGAUGUGGACUGUAUGCAUACAGAAGCAAUUAUGACUCCUAUGCCUGAAGGAUUAUCACAGCAGCAGGUUGUGAGAAGGUAUAUUCUGGGCUCUGUAGUUGACAGUGAGAAGAAUUACGUGGAUGCUCUCAAAAGAAUCCUGGAGCAGUAUGAGAAGCCCCUUUCAGAUAUGGAACCAAAAUUACUGAGUGAAAGAAAACUCAAAAUGGUCUUUUAUCGAAUUAAGGAAAUUCUUCAGUGCCACUCAAUGUUUCAGAUUGCACUGGCGAGUCGUGUAUCUGAGUGGGACUCUGUUGAAAUGAUUGGUGAUGUCUUUGUUGCUUCAUUUUCUAAAUCUAUGGUAUUGGAUGCGUACAGUGAAUAUGUAAACAACUUCAGUACAGCAGUAGGGAUUCUCAAGAAAACAUGUGCCACCAAACCUGCCUUUCUAGACUUCUUAAAGCAGUGCCAGGAGUCAAGUCCUGAUCGCAUUACGCUGUAUGGUUUAAUGAUGAAACCUAUCCAGCGCUUUCCACAGUUCAUUCUGCUAUUGCAGGAUAUGUUGAAGAACACUAAUAAAGGCCAUCCCGACAGAUUACCUCUGCAGAUGGCUCUUACAGAACUCGAAACACUGGCAGAGAAGUUAAACGAAAGGAAAAGGGAUGCAGAUCAGCGCUGUGAAAUAAAACAGAUAGCAAAAGCAAUGAACGAACGUUAUCUGAACAAG